AUGGUUUACUAUCCGGUGCCCUGGCUGUCGGUGAACCUCUGUGCAAGGAGGGAGAAUGAAGGGGAACUUUCGACUAUCGUACCAUUAACAAUUUAUUAUAGAUUAGUUAAGGCACCGCUAAGCUUUCUAAUGAGAAUUUUUUGUUUCUCCAUUCCACGGGCUGUGUUUCAACAACAAUCUCGAGGAGGACUGGCACCAGUUUUGGAGGACAACGCAGGAAACGGAAGGCACUCAUCAUUUUGCCUUUGUCGAAUGGACGACGUGUUUUUGAUAUCCGAUCAAAUUCAUUCCAUCGAUGUGUGUCAGAUGAUGGUCAGCGCAAUGGAGGUUCAUCCGUAUUGA